CCAACCCAAAACGCUGCGUUUGAGCUCGCUCUCUGUUGAAAGUUGAAAACCCUCGUCGAUUCUCUUCUUGUCAACCAAAGCAAAACAAGCUGCUUCGUCUUUCAUCGUCUCUGUAACAACCCUCGUCUUCUAGUUUCCUUUCAAAUCGUUUUCAACUACAAACCCUAAUCCCAUGUCUGCCCAAAGAGUCUCUACGACUUCUAGAGAUUCCAUCAGCACUCUCCCAGACGAGGUUCUCGGUAAAAUCCUCUCUCUGCUUCCGACAAGACUCGCUGCUUCCACAUCAGUUCUGUCCAAACGGUGGAGGAAUCUUCUCUCCCUCGUAGACAACCUCUAUUUAAACGACGCAAUCGGUGAUCCCCGCGGCUUCUCUGCUUUCGUGGACACAACACUCGCUCUCUUAACCAACUCCUCGAUCAUCAAAAGAUUCUCCCUCAACUGCCAACACAGACACGACACAGCCAGAGUGGACGCGUGGAUCCGCACCGCCCUCGAGCGGUUCUCGGAGCUUCACUUGGAGAGCGCGUGUCUGCACGGUAUAAAAACAGAGUCCUUCACGAGCAGCACGCUGGUCAAGCUCACGUUAUCAAACGGUUUUUUCAUCUCCGGUCUUCCUCCUAACGGCGGCGUGUUUUUCCCCAACCUCAAAACGCUCUCUCUCGUCUCGGUUGGGUUUGAGCCUUGUGAGGUGUACGAACAUCUCAUAACCGGCUGCCCUGUGCUCGAGGAGUUGCUCAUACGCUACGCUUCUCCAGCGGAGUGUAGCUGGGUGGUGGCGAAUCAGUCCGUCGCCGUGUCGAGUCCUUCUGUUAAGAGACUGACCAUCUCUUACGCUUCUCUUAAUUACUGGGACCCUCCCGCUAGCGAGGUGUUUCAGACGCCGAGUCUUGUGUACUUUGACUAUUCUGGUUACGUCGCCGGGCAUUACCAUGUUGAUUUCACCUCGCUUGUGGAAGCUAGACUGGAUCUUAGGCAGGAGAGAGUUUUAGCUGCGGAGGAGGAGGAGGAUGGUGUUGAUGAUUCUAGUGACGGUGGUUGGGAUGAGGAUGUUUAUGAUGAAGAUGACAAUUGUUUUGGUGUGGAGCAUAAUGCAGAGGUUCAUUAUGAUGAUGAUGAUGAUGAUAUAUAUGAUAAUGAUGAUGCUGAUGAUGACAGUGAUGGUGAAGGAGAAGAUGGUUUGCCUGAUGUUGCAAAUCUGGUUGUAGGGAUAAGCAACGUUAAAACUCUUCACUUGUCUCCCUAUUUUCUUGAGGUGUUUCACAUUUACUGUAAAUCAAUGCCGGUGUUUCACAAUCUCCUUACUUUGUCUUUUGAGAGUGACAGAGAAAGAGGAUGGCAAGUGGUGCCACUUCUUCUCAACAACUCUCCCAACCUGGAAACUUUAGUCAUCAAGGGUCUUGUGCACCAAGUAACAGAUAAAUGCGGGGACGCCUGUGUUUGCAUAGCUAAGAAAAAGAAGAAGAUGGAGGAGGGGCAGGAGCAGGAGGAAGUAUGUUGUUUAUCGACAUGUCAAGUGAAGGUGCUGAACAUUUCCGGGUAUGGUGGAACUCGUAGAGAGCGGAAACAGAUGAGGCAUUUCUUGGGAAAUUUGAAAUGUCUUGAAACUGUCAAGGUUGGUCUUGUAGCUGAGAAUCACCGAGAAGACAACAAUGAUAACAGUAACUACCAGAGAAUCACCAAUGCUCUUACUAAGCUUCCCAGAGCUUCGUCAAAUUGUCAAAUCCAUUUCAUUUGAUGUCCCUCUUAAGAACCAAAUCAUUAGCAUGCUUACUGAUCUUUUAGAAGAGAAACUCUACCUUUUCUACUAGGAUAAUCAAGAUCUCAUGCUUUACUAUUUAUUUAGUUUUGAGAAUAAGUUACGAGUAUGUCUCCAAAGACAA